UACACACGUACACACAUGCACACCCCCACCUCCUCCCACCACCCUCCUCGUUCUUCUUCCUCGGGGCGGGCAGGGCUGCAGCAGUUUUAUGAACGGCACGGCUACUUCAUGGACCCUUUCCCGUUGAGCUGUUUCAUUGACAAACGUUCCGGCUGCUGCAUUUUUGUCACAGACAUCGUCGACGUGCGGAGCAUCGCCGGGGGAGCGGUGCAGAGCAGAAGAAGAAGAAGAAGAAGAGGAAGCAGCCGCUGCAGUGAUCAUCGCAACAACCCCUGGUGUCCUUCGCACCAGUUUAUAAGCUGUUGAUUCGCCACUUGAACCCGGACUGGAUCCCCACGCGCCCCCUCUUCUUCCUCCACGCUCUAUCGGGACAGCCAGCAGAAUCACCUGAGGGGGAAUCACUUAGACAGCUUUUGCCACUCGGACCCCUUGGGGGACGUGAGGCUGCGUCGUUAACGCUCUCUCACUGGCAGAUUACUGGAUUUGUUUAAGGACUUCAAUGAAGCGCCAGGACGCACCGAUGGAGGAUUCUGGACGCUUUUUAAAAUCACAAGACUGCAGCGGCCGGUGUGUGAUGCGAACUGAGCCGUGGGUGGUGUAGACACCCUCUCCGCGCUCCACACACCCCCAUCGUCUUAUCUGUGAACACCCUCCGUCCCUCCCAAGCGGGACGCGCAGUCUUGUUUCACUCCACCGUGGGAACAUGUCCCGGGCAGCGGCUAUCGCAAGCUCCCUGAUCCGCCAGAAGCGGCAGGCGAGGGAGAAGGCGAAUGCUUGCCGCGGUAGCGUCAGCCCGAGCAACAGCAAAGGCACAAAUGAGAAACCGAGCAAACUGAACGUGUUCUCGCGUGUCAAAUUGUUUGGAUCGAGGAAGAAACGGAAGAGAAGGCGACCUCCAGAGCCCCAGUUAAAGGGCAUUGUGACCAGGCUUUCCAGUAGCCAGGGCUUCCAGCUGCAGAUGCAGCCUGAUGGCACCAUUGAUGGGACAAAGGAUGAAGACAGCACCUACGCUGUGUUCAACCUGAUCCCAGUGGGGCUUCGUGUGGUGGCCAUCCAGGGCGUCCAGACCAAACUGUAUCUGGCGAUGAACAACGAAGGCUUUCUCUACACAUCUGAACAUUUUACCCCGGAGUGUAAGUUCAAGGAGUCGGUGUUUGAGAACUACUACGUCACCUACUCCUCCAUGCUGUACCGGCAGCAGGCCUCAGGUCGGGCCUGGUACCUCGGACUCAACAAGGAGGGGGGAAGCAUGAAGGGGAACCACGUCAAGAAGAACAAGGCCGCCGCACACUUCAUACCGAAACCGCUCAAAGUGGCCAUGUAUAGGGAGCCCUCUCUCCAUGACCUGACAGAACUCUCACGGUCAGGCAGCGGCACACCGACCAAGAGUCGCAGCGCUUCGGCCCUACUCAACGGCGGAGGGAAGUCGCCCAGCAACAAUGACUUAUCCUAGCCCCCCACCCCUCACACACACACACACCCACAGACACACACACACACACACACACACACACAGAUCUCAGGCCGACAUGCCCACACAUCAGGCUGGUGAGGGGUAGGAGAAGGCGAGGAGAAUAAGGAAGGAGGACAAGAGUGUGUUCUUCCACUUACGGAGCCAACUGUGACUGACUGUGAUGUAAAUAAAUCAAGGACAAUCAAUCCGUCUGCCUCUGCUGCUCUGGUGUGCAGAGGGACAGGACCUGUGAAUCUCUUCCCUUGACUACUCUUCCCACUGUAUGAUACCCAGAGAGAACGAGGGAGGGAGAAGGAGUGCGACAAGAGGGAUAGAGAGAGUCAGUCAGUCACAUAUCCAGAUAAACAGACUGUUACAGAGAACCAAAGAGUCCAAGUAUUAACUAUGUUAUCGCAGGCGAAAAGGAAAAAAGUGGCAAGAAAGUUAGUGACAAAGGAAGGAAGGAAGUAUUUAUCUAUUCUACCAUAUGCUAUGUUUACACAGAGCUCAUGGGGUUAAGUCAUAUUUUUAAAAAUGACGUAUGUAUUCCAUGUACACUUAUGAGGACUGAUCAUUUGUUUGCAUGCAGGUGUGCCUGUGUGUGUGUGUGUGUGUGUGUGCGCGCGCGAGUGGUCAAGUACACGCUGUGCUUGCAGUAGGAGUGAUGUGCGUGUGUGGGCAAGCGAGUGUGUGCGCGCAUGUGUCUGGGGGGUGGGGGACGGGGGGAGGAUUUUACCUUUUUAAGAUCUGUCGUAUAUCAGACAAACCUCCUGAGGGCUUUAACAGGUUAAAAUUAGGUUUACUGUAUAUGCUUCCAUGCUUACUUCUUACAAGCAAUGCUGUUGUUUAUCUUUACGUUUGUUGUCGUUGUCCCCUUGCUGUUUGUUUGUUUGUUCGUUGUUGCAUGGAAGCUUGUGGACCUCUGCUCAGUAGCAGCAUGCUGAAGGUCAUUUUUUUUUCUGGUCUUACGUGUUCCUGACCUUAAGAGAACACUAGUGAGCCAAUAGUGUCAUACCAGAACACUAGUGAACCAAUAGGAGGGUGUUGGAACACUACUGGACCAAUAGUAUUGCACCAGAACAUGAAUGGACCAAUGGUGUUGGACCAGAACCAGGAACACCUGGACCAAUGGGAGCACAGAUUAACUUACUAUUUUGGUUCCUGCUGUGAACAAACUAGAAAUGCACUAAAUAAAC